AGAUUUUAAACCACCAAAUUUAUUAUUAAUUCUUGGUGGAAGAACGCUAAAAAUCUGCGACUUUGGUACGGCUUGUGACUUGAACAUGACAAAUAACAAAGGCUCUGCAGCAUGGAUGGCACCAGAAGUAUUUGAAGGCUCGCGUUACAUUGAAAAAUGUGAUAUAUUCAGUUGGGGGGUGAUAUUGUGGGAGAUAUUGGCCCGUCGAAAACCAUUCGAUGAUAUUGGUGGAUCUGCGUAUCGCAUCAUGUGGGCAGUACAUGUUGGACAACGACCACCUCUUAUUGAAGGUGUUGGAGUAAACGCCCUGAAGAACGACCGUCAAUGGACUUGUCUAGCUUCAUUCAUCAGCGGACUUUUAGAACAGUUCAAUAACAGUAUGUCUGAAGACUAUGAAGAAAAUUAUGACGAUAACGAUGAUGAAAUUGAUCAAGAUACUAUUGUUGUUUCGUGA